UGUGAUUGAAACCAAGCACUUUUAAAAGCAUUUUCUUUCUACUUGUUGCUGAAGAUUCAAAGUUCCUGGAAGGCAGAGGGGCUGGGAUACGUCAAACUUGAAAACAGUUACUGCUAUCUGAAAGUGGGGGCCCCUCCCCGCUCAUGUGAGCUGGAAAGGCAAAAGAGAAUGACACAUGUGCUGUUUCCUUUUCCAGUUGCAAAGGGGUCAGGAACUCGGCAAGGAGUGUCUGAACAAGUGUUGCAUUCUCCUGGGUCCUUGGUCUCUUCCCUGCCUUUCUAGCUGCUCUGUUUAAUCCAGCCGGCGAUUCUGAACAGGGGGAAAAAACAGUCAGCACAAAUAAGGCAUUUCUGAAGGCAUAAAUUAUGAGUGACCAAAACAAUGUGACACCAUCACCAUCUGGAGAUCACGGGGGUUCUUCAGCGGCAGUAGAUGUGGCAGUCAUUGGAGGUGUCAUUGCAGCGGUGGCUAUUGUCCUAAUUUGCCUGUUGAUCGUGAUGCUCCGAUACAUGUACAGGCACAAGGGCACCUACCACACGAAUGAAGCAAAGGGAACUGAAUUUGCCGAAAGUGCAGACGCUGCGCUGAAAAAUGACCCGGCUCUCCAGGAGGCUGUGGAUGAGAGCAAAAAGGAGUAUUUCAUCUGAGAGCAAAGGGAAGCCACACUAAGACUGCCUUAGUCGUUCUUUCCCCCAAGGGAAUCGGUCAGAAAUGCUACAUCAACGAAAGCACUAAGAUAUGGAUAUGGCAAGGACAGAAGCAAGCAUCCUAACUGAACUGCUACUCACCCCCCCUCCCCCCACUCCCCAUGAAGAACGGAACACCAGAUACCUGGCUGUUGAUUUUAUUAGCCACACAGCUGGUCACAGUUGAAUUCAGUAUCAGAUCAGAAGAAAUAAAAUCUCAGUCUGAACGAUAAACCGAUACCAGCUAAUGAUAUCAAAUGUCAAACCUUGACAUUUGGUCAAAACAGCAGAUGCCAAUGGAAAACAUCCUCUUAGCGUUAAUGAUGCCCCCUACAUCGAUAUUAUACAGAACUACCUGAAAAUGCAUUUUCAGAGGUAAUAGAACAAGUGUUAAACCAGAUAAAAGCUGAGGUUAGUGGAACAAAAAUUGGUCUAUAGUCCAGAAUUUCCCCUCCCCCCUUUAAAUGUGCACUUUGCCAGGUGUGAUUUUUUCCUUCCCAGCCCUCUUCCUUCCCUCCCCACUUUGUUUUUAAGUCAAGGACACGACACACACAAACCCUAUAGGAAAAAUAUGGAACACUUAAGAGUGAAGGAUUUUUAGCUAGCUCUGCAUGGUGACUUGAGGAAUGCAAAGUGUUAGAAUUUACAGUAUAUAGUAGGUAAUAACCACUAGACUUAAGAAAAUGAUCCCAAAUAGCUAUUUGGCUCCUUUCAUGCAUACGUAAGUCAAUAGUUAUUGGCUAGUGCAGGCCUUCUGAAACAAAUGCUCUCCACUAGAUUUGGAAUGAGAACUCUGGCCCUGGUGUUUAUUUAUUUAUUUCACAUUGGAGAAGUCUUUCAAAAACCUGCUGACAUUUGGGGGUAUUGAGUCAGAACGCAGACAUAAAUAACAGUUAGAAAUGUAACUGUAAUGCUACCCUGGAGCAGUUUGUCCAUUUGAAUCCCAUUCUGUUGUAUUGAUCUUUCUCUCUUUUGUGCCCCUCCCAGCUUUUAAAUAUAUCUUGCUUUUCAUGCAGCCUCAGAUACAAAAAAUUCCACUGAGCAUCACCUCUUUAAAAAAAUAAAAUGGACGUGAUCUGUAAAAUGAAAGAUCCUGUUCAUCACAUAAGAAUUCACUGUGAUGAAUUUCUUCACUACAGCAAGCUCUCUGUCUCACGGAAACCAACAGGUAGUCCUGGAAAUAGUAUUAAUUGUCCUCUGCACCUGUUUAUCACCAGCUAGGUUUAUGCCCUUAAUUAUCCCAAAUGAGUGUGUGUGGGGGGGGGGGGGGGAGGGAACAAUUAAUAAUAAAUGUGCCUUCGAUCAACUACCCUGUUUUAAAUCAAUAGUUUUCUAUGUUUUCCUGUUUAAAAAAUAUUAUAGAGAAACAUCUAUAAUUGUGCUUUCACAACUUGGUGGCUUCAUCUUCUCCAAAGAUCUUCAUUUUAUGACACUGGCUCCUAGAGACCAGCUUAAUUCACCAGCGUUGGCCAUACAACUACUAGAGGAGACUAGAUCUCCAGGAGAAAAUACUUGAGGAAUCAAGUAGAUUUGGUGAAGGAAGGGGACAGUUUUGUCUCUUUAAUUAAGUCCUCAAGGCCGCUCAGUACCUACAGGAGCCGGACUUUGUAGGAGGAGAGUCCUAAAGAUUGAAUGUUGGCUAAUGUUGAAUCUUUGCGCUGUAUGCUUUUAACCAAAGAAAAUCAAAACCAUGCCAACUUACUAAAAGCUUGGGACCAAAUUCCACAGACCAUUGUAUAGCCAUAUCAUAUACAUCAGCCCACAUGAUACUAAAAUCCAAUAGUCCAGCACUAACACAAUUCAAAUGUUAUGGUGUUAUGUACUUGAUUUUUUUAUUCGUGUUACCAUUUGAAUCCUUUCACCACUGCUUGUGAAAUAGGAAUAAACUUGUGUGAUUGUU